AUGACAGAAGAAGAGUCAGCUUCAACCCGAAAUAAUGUGGAAGAAGUUCACGGACAGCUGUUCGAAGUCGGACCGCGUUACGUGAAUCUCUCCUACAUCGGCGAAGGAGCCUAUGGCAUGGUGGCUUCCGCUUUGGAUACGGUCACACAUGAAAGGGUCGCUAUAAAGAAGAUUUCUCCGUUUGAACAUCAGACUUUUUGUCAGAGAACGUUUCGUGAAAUCAAAAUUCUCACAAGGUUCAAGCAUGAAAAUAUUAUAAAUAUACAAGAAAUUAUCCGGUCCGCUUCUGUGGAACAGAUGAAAGAUAUUAUGACAGUUGCUCAACACUGUUAUCUUUAUAGUGAUAUUUUACGUGGUUUGAAAUACAUUCACUCUGCCAAUGUGUUGCAUCGUGACCUGAAACCUUCAAAUUUGUUGCUCAACACCACCUGUGAUCUCAAGAUCUGCGACUUUGGUUUGGCUCGAGUAACUGAUCCUCAAACAGACCAUACUGGAUUUUUAACCGAAUACGUUGCAACACGGUGGUAUCGUGCGCCAGAGAUAAUGCUUAACUCAAAAGGUUAUACGAAGUCCAUUGAUGUUUGGUCUGUGGGCUGCAUACUAGCUGAAAUGUUGAGUAACCGCCCUCUUUUUCCUGGUAAGCACUACCUAGACCAGUUGAAUCUCAUUCUUGCCGUUGUUGGAUCUCCUUCUCAAGAGGAUCUGCAAUGCAUUAUUAACGACAAGGCUCGAUCCUACCUGACCUCUUUACCACACAAACCCAAGCAGCCGUGGUCUCGUCUCUAUCCUGGAGCUGAUCCGCGUGCUCUAGAUCUUCUUGAAAAAAUGUUGACCUUCAACCCACAUAACAGAAUUAACAUUGAGCAAGCGUUGGCUCACCCUUAUUUGGAGCAGUACUACGAUCCCAAUGAUGAGCCGGUAUGUGAGGAACCAUUCACAUACGAAAUGGAGCUUGAUGACUUACCAAAAGAGAAAUUAAAGGAACUGAUUUGGCAAGAGGCUGAGUUGCACCACACCCGUAUGCAGGAAGAAGCAGUCAAAGCAGCGGUACAAUAA